GCCGAGACAGGCGACCCUCAUAUCCCAAUUUGCCUCGAGCAACUAUGAAAGUAUUUCCGUACGGCCCGACGCUCUCACUCGUAUUGCCGCUCUUGCUACUGAAAGCGCAGCGCACCGAGGCGCAGGAGGCGGGUGGUGUCGUCGGGGGCACGGCGCCCGACGGCGGCGUCGUCGCGCUCGAGUGCCCCGACGGUGAAAUUCUUGGCAACGUCCUGUUUGCGUCGUACGGUCUCCCAACCGGCAACUUUCCCAAGUUUGCGCGCGGCGCGUGCAACGCCGACUUGUCGAAUGCGGUCGUCGAGGCGCAGUGCAUCGGGGCGCAGUCCUGCGAGCUCACGGCCGACGCGAGUGUAUUUGGCGACCCGUGCGUGGACCAAGCCAAGCAUCUGAGCGUCGCGGUGCAAUGUGUGAACGAAAACGUCAUUGGCGGCAGCGCUGCCGAAGAUUCGCUCUUGCGCCUCCGCUGCCCGGUCGACCGCGUCAUUGGCGACGUGACCUUUGCUUCGUUCGGAACGCCGCAAGGCCACUUCCUCAACUACACGGUGGGCUCGUGUGACCAGCCGACGUCAGCGGCCACGGUUUCUGAUCUCUGCGCCGGCCAAGAGGCGUGUGAUAUCAUGGCGUCCACCACUGUCUUUGGCGACCCGUGCCCUGGCGAGGCCAAGUACCUCGGCCUGCAAGUCAACUGCGUCGACCCGGACGCGGCCCAAGGCACGGCGCAAGACGGGUCGUCGCUGAACCUUGCGUGUCCGUGGGGCGCCAGCAUGGCGUCAGUCGACUUUGCUUCGUACGGCACGCCGAAAAACUACGUCGAAGGCACGUGCAGCGCGGCCACGUCAUCGGGCGUUGUCGCGGCCGCGUGCGUCGGUCGACCGGUCUGCAACGUCGCUGUCGGCCCAAGUGUGUUUGGCGACCCGUGCCCCGGCACCAUCAAGACGCUGAGUGCGCGCGCCAUGUGCACACCCAACUUGACGCCCGGCUUUGUCCAGAGCAUGGGUCCGCAGGGCGGGUCGACGGUCGUCACUUGCUCCCGAGGUGAAAUCAUAUCUGAUAUUCCAUUUGCCUCGUACGGCACGCCGUCGGGCUUGGCGGCACCGAGCAAGUGCCACGCGGCGUCGAGCGCGUCGGUGGUCAAGGCCAAGUGCAUUGGCAAGCGGUCGUGCACGGUCGACGCGACCAACGGUCUCUUUGGCGAUCCGUGCCCUGGCACCACCAAGAGCUUGUUCAUUACGGCGCAGUGUUCGAGUGCCAACUUGGUCGGCGGCUCGGUGCCGGACGGCUCGACGCUCACGAUCGCGUGUCCGCUCACGCAACGGCUCGUGUCGAUCCCAUACGCAUCGUACGGGACGCCGACUGGUGCCUACCCAAACUUUGUGACCACGUGGUGCAAUGCCACUGAGGCGGCGAGCCGCGUUACGACGGCUUGUGUCGGUCGCAACGCCUGCUCGGUCAAUGCCGACAGCAACGACUUUGGUGAUCCAUGCCCAGGCGUCACCAAGCAGCUCUCGGUCGUCGCCAAGUGCGUCGACAACAACCUCAUCGGCGGCUCGGUGGCGGACGGCGGCUCGGCGGUCAUCCAGUGCCCGGCAGGCCAGUACAUUGGCUCGAUGCCGUUUGCAGCGUAUGGGACACCGUACGGGACGUUUCCCGACUACUCGGUGCACGCAGCGUGCAACGCAGACGGUGCGGCCGCCAAGAUUGCGACCCAGUGCGUUGGCCAAAACAGCUGCACCGUGGCCGUCUCCACGCACACAUUUGGGGAUCCGUGCGAGGGCCAAGCCAAGGUCCUUGAUUGGACCGCGAAAUGCGCGCCCAGCAAUGUGAUUGGCACGAUUGUCAAUGACGGCAGCAGCGCGACGCUGCAGUGCCCGCUCGGGUACUACAUGUCGACCAUCAACUUUGCGUCGUACGGGACACCCGGUGGCUACUUUCCCGAUUACAGCAUUGACUCGACGUGCCACGCUCCGAGUAGCACGUCGAUUGCGACGUCGGCGUGCGUCGGCAAGAGCACGUGCACGCUCCUCGCUGGCCCCGGGUCGUUCUCGGACCCGUGUCCGGGCGUCGCCAAGAGCCUUGCCUUGUCGGCCGACUGCAUCUCGAACCUUGUGAUCGGCGGCACCGCGGCGCAAAAUACGGUGAUGAACCUCGCGUGCCCCAAGGGCGCGACCGUGCGCUCGAUCGACUUUGCAUCGUACGGCACGCCGACCGGGAAGCUCGGUGCGUUCGCGUUGAGCGCAUGCAACGACCCCAAUUCGGUCCGGAUCGUGCAGCAGGCGUGUCUUGGCAAGACGGGCUGCUCCAUCAGUGCGAGCAACAGUGUCUUUGUCAACAAUUGCCGCCGCUCGCAAAUGUACUUGGCCGUGCAAGCCACGUGUGCGACGCCGACGCCGGCGCCGACCGCGUUGCGCACGCCGACGCCCAGUUAAGCAAACGCCGUUCACGACGUUGCGUAAUUCA